AACAGUCUUUUUUUUUUCUCCGGCAGACCGCUCCGGUCAGUAGGUCAACCUCAGCUCAACAGUUUCACCCUUUAGUUCACAUUCAUCACUGCCUAAUAUUAACCAUGAGGGAGAUAGUUCACAUUCAGGCUGGCCAGUGUGGCAACCAGAUUGGAGCAAAGUUCUGGGAGGUGAUCAGUGACGAGCACGGCAUCGACCCCACAGGAACCUACCAUGGAGACAGCGACCUACAGCUGGACCGCAUCAGCGUUUAUUACAACGAAGCAACUGGAGGGAAGUAUGUACCCAGGGCCAUCCUCGUUGACCUGGAACCCGGCACCAUGGACUCGGUCCGAUCAGGACCCUUUGGCCAAAUCUUCAGACCUGACAACUUUGUUUUUGGUCAGAGCGGAGCCGGAAACAACUGGGCCAAAGGUCACUACACGGAGGGAGCGGAGCUGGUGGACUCGGUCCUGGACGUGGUGAGGAAGGAGGCGGAGAGCUGCGAAUGCCUCCAGGGCUUCCAGCUCACCCACUCCCUGGGAGGAGGCACCGGCUCGGGCAUGGGGACCCUCCUCAUCAGUAAGAUCAGAGAGGAGUACCCUGACCGCAUCAUGAACACCUUCAGCGUGGUUCCCUCCCCUAAGGUGUCCGACACGGUGGUGGAGCCGUACAACGCCACGCUGUCGGUCCACCAGCUGGUCGAAAACACUGAUGAGACCUACUGCAUCGACAACGAAGCUCUGUACGACAUCUGCUUCCGCACGCUGAAGCUGACCACGCCCACCUACGGAGACCUCAACCACCUGGUGUCAGCCACCAUGAGCGGCGUCACCACCUGCCUGCGUUUCCCGGGCCAGCUGAACGCCGACCUGAGGAAGCUGGCCGUCAACAUGGUGCCCUUCCCCCGCCUCCACUUCUUCAUGCCCGGCUUCGCGCCGCUGACGAGCCGGGGCAGCCAGCAGUACCGCGCCCUGACCGUGCCCGAGCUCACCCAGCAGGUGUUCGACGCCAAAAACAUGAUGGCGGCGUGCGACCCGCGCCACGGCCGCUACCUGACGGUGGCCGCCGUCUUCAGAGGCCGCAUGUCUAUGAAGGAGGUGGACGAGCAGAUGCUGAACGUGCAGAACAAGAACAGCAGCUACUUCGUCGAAUGGAUCCCCAACAACGUGAAGACGGCGGUCUGCGACAUCCCGCCGCGCGGCCUCAAGAUGGCCGUCACCUUCAUCGGCAACAGCACGGCCAUCCAGGAGCUGUUCAAGCGCAUCUCGGAGCAGUUCACCGCCAUGUUCCGCCGCAAGGCCUUCCUGCACUGGUACACGGGCGAAGGGAUGGACGAGAUGGAGUUCACUGAGGCCGAGAGCAACAUGAACGACCUGGUGUCCGAGUACCAGCAGUACCAGGACGCCACCGCCGAGGAGGAGGGCGAGUUUGACGAGGAGGUGGAGGAGGACGCCUAAAGAAAGAAAGGGGGGAGAAACGGGAAAGAAAACUGUGAAAGGAUGAAGAGAAGGGGUCAGAACCAACGGAAGGGCCAAACUAAAAAAAAAACGACCAAAUUCAUGUGCCAAAUUUAUCAUUUAUGUUUUCAAUCCAGUUUGAACAUUUGAAAUAUACAAAAAUUUAAUAAAGUCUAAAAAAAAUACAGAGAUCAGAGGCAGAGAUUAAUGGAUGAAGGUUUUUAAGGUCGAUGCCGAUAAUUUUAACCUCAUUCUAACUGAUCCCUGCUGAUUCUAAUGGGUUCAUUCUUUCUAUUCCUCCUUUUCCAUUAAAAACAAUAACAAAUGUCUACGUAUCUAGUUAAAAAAUCCCCCACAAACAAAUCAAGCAAUUGAAAGCAAAAGGAUGAAGCAACAAUAAAUGUGCCUUAGAUGAUCUGAAGGCAUGGCUGCUGAAUGCAGCAAUGAAUGGACCAAAGCAUCUAAACUAGAAAUAAUAUCAGGUUACUGAGGUUUCCAUCUGACUAACAGUCUCCUCAUCUGGUUCUUCUCACAUUUAGGAAAUAGACAAGUUUAUUUGAAUUUAAUUGGCACUUUAUCAGAUCAUGAAAAUCAUCUUAGGCCUCCCUUGAUUGACUUUUUUUUGCUUUAAAGGUGUAAUAAUACCUGAAGAAAACAGUGAGCAGGGCAU